UUCGUCGGAUCAGUCAGCUAAUUAAUUUCCAAGAGUUUCGGAGCAACCAGUCUACAAAAGAUCCAAGAUAUGGCUCAAAUUCAAUGCAAGAGCAUGGGGAUUUGCAAGAGCAUGGGGAUUGAUAUACCACUUGAACACGCUACUGCAGAACAGUUUUACAGUGUCUUUAAUCCGCCAUACCCCCACAUACGCGAUAUCUGCAGAGAGAUGGGGAUCAGCAUUCACAUUACUGCAGACUACUACCACGCGACGAUUCAAUUCUCCUGUCUCGAUUGUAAAAUCACAAUAAUCGAGGUUGAAGUGAUAAGGAUAGAGCCCCCAAAGAAAACCACUACCUUCCGUGCAUGGAUAGCAAACCCGAGCAGCGAACACGAGAUCAAAUUGGAGGUUACAGAUGAAAGGAUUGUAAAAUGGACUGUCUCCCAGCCACCUCCAGCUGAUGAUUACCUCAAAGUUUUGGAAUCUGUCAGCAAGGCUGUUGAUAAUUGCUUUGGGCAAAAUCAGCCAGCAUAAUAGAGCAUGCAUGCAUGCCCCUUCUAAUAUGUAGUGUUACUAGUAUCUGUAUUGAGAAAUAAAAUUCCGAGCGGUGCAUGCGUACAUGCAUGUUCCCAUCAGCUCAUAAUGAAGAUUUACUGCGUCUUGUCUAGCUAGCUACCAUAUUCACAGAGAUGGCGAGGUGCUUGGCCAUGAAAGGGCAACGCCUUCAUAAUCAUGUGGGUAUUUAUGUAAUAAAGCUAGCCACCCCUCUAUGUAUCUUGUUUGUGUCGAUUUAAAUUAAUAAUAUGUGUGCCUUAAUUACUUAAAA